AUGUUCUCCACGUCUUUCUCGCGUCUUUUCACUCUUUGCUCGGCGCUGGCUGCCCUGGGUGUCGGCUACGCCGCGCCCCACGCCCGUCGUGCCAACCAGAUCCCCUCUGGGCCCAAGUUCGUCGUGUACACCGACCAGGCGAUCAGCGGCAGCGUCCUGCCGCCGCUCGACCAGAUCACGGGCUUCAACGUUGUCAACCUCGCCUUCCUGCUCACGUCUGGGCCCGCCGACCAGGCCGCAAAGUGGGCCGCGCUCCCCGCAGACCAGCGCGCGACGCUCAAGCAGCAAUAUAAUGCCGCGGGCGUGUCGCUCGUGGUGUCCGCAUUCGGCGAGACGGAGCACCCGACGUCGCAGGACCCGACGGCGGUCGCGAAUAACCUCGCGCAGUUCGUGCUGAACACGAACCUGGACGGGAUUGAUAUCGACUACGAGGAAUUCGAGCUCGUCACCGCACAGUCGGGCGUUGGGGAGGCGUGGCUGACGACGCUGACGCAGGUCCUGCGCCAGCAGCUGCCGCAGGGACAGUUCAUUUUGAGUCAUGCUCCUGUUGGUCCCUGGUUCUCGCCUGGCUUCUGCCCGGGGGGUUGCUACCUCACGGUUGACAAGAACGUCGGUGCACUGAUUGAUUGGUACAACAUCCAGUUCUACAACCAAUCGCCCUCCCCCGGGUACGACGACUGCGACACGCUCCUGAACAGCACGCCCUCCUCCAUCUUCGCGAUCCAGAAGUCGGGCGUCGACAUCAACAAGCUCGUCAUCGGCAAGCCGGGCACGACGGCCGACAUCACGAACGGCGGCUUCAUCGACCCCGCCACGCUCAACACGUGCAUCCAGACCGCGGUCAAGGGCGGCUGGAACGCCGGCGUCAUGGCGUUCCAGUUCCCGCACGCGGACAAGACGUGGAUCUCGACGGUCAAGGGCAGCGCGUUCGCCUGA